AAAAAGACGGGUAAAGCUCUCGCGAGCUCGCAUUAACAACGCAUACUCUACACUACUCUAGUCGACUUUCACUCUCUAUAGGCCGGCCAGCCAGCCACACAAACGGCCAGUGCCUGUUUCCUUCGCUUUUACUGCCACCAUCGCCACCAGGCACGGCUCCUUCCCAGGUGGGGUGAGACACAACAAGUAUAUUCAUUAUCAACACCUUUCAAAUUCCAAUUUUGAUUCCAACCCAACUUAGAUCUCUACCUCAAUUCCGUUCUAGGCUUUUCUUACUAUGUAUGGUUUCAUCGAUCUCAACUCCGUAGACAACGACGACGACGAUGACACCUCGCCUCCACCGCCACCGCUCGAUUCCCCUUCAUCUGUCUGCUUAGAGCUGUGGCACGCUUGCGCUGGUCCUCUCAUUUCCUUACCCAAAAUUGGAACUGCCGUCGUUUACUUCCCACAGGGCCAUCUCGAACUCGUCUCCGAUUUUCCCGCCCCACUCCUAUUCGAUCUCCCUCCUCACGUUUUCUGUCGUGUUGUUGAUGUUAAGCUUCAGGCAGAGGCAGCCAUUGAUGAUGUUUAUGCUCAAGUCUUUCUAGUUCCUGAUGCUGAGAUUGAGGAGAAAUGGAGAAAAGGAGAUGUUAGUGCAGAAUAUGAUGAUAGAGGAGAUCAAGAACAUGUUGAUUCUGGUCAAACAAUUAGCACGCCUCACAUGUUCUGCAAAACUUUAACAGCUUCUGAUACUAGCACUCAUGGAGGUUUCUCUGUUCCUCGUCGGGCUGCAGAAGACUGUUUUCCUCCUUUGGAUUAUAAACAACAGAGACCAUCUCAAGAGCUUGUUGCAAAAGAUUUGCAUGGAACUGAAUGGAGGUUUCGCCAUAUAUAUCGAGGUCAACCUCGAAGGCAUUUACUCACUACUGGAUGGAGUGGAUUUAUCAACAGGAAGAAACUCGUCUCUGGAGAUGCAGUCCUCUUUCUUAGAGGAAGUGAUGGGGAGCUAAGAUUGGGAAUCAGAAGAGCAGCUCAAUUUAAGACUAGUAAUUAUUGCUCUGCUUCAACAAAUAUGAAUGCUGUUGUUCAUGCCAUAUCUAAAGGAAGGGUCUUCAACAUUUGUUACAAUCCUAGGGCUGGUUUGUCUGAUUUUCUAAUACCUUUCAAUAGAUUCAUUACAAGUGUUACACAUCCCUUUGUUGUUGGAUCGAGGUUCAUGGUGUGUGCAGAUGCAGAAGAUGGAGCUGACCGAAGAUCUGCUGGAGUAAUCACUGGAAUUGGUGAUAUGGAUCCUGUCCGAUGGCCAUGUUCAAAGUGGAGGUGUCUCAUGGUAAGGUGGGACGAUAGAGAAACACCCCGAAACAAUAGAAUUUCACCAUGGGAAAUUAAACCCUCAGGCUUUGUUUCCACCAGCAGCAGCACCGGUAACAACUUGAAAAGGAGUCGAAUCGAACACCCAUUAGCACAAGACUAUAGUAAGGUCUUGCAAGGUCAAGAAAUAAUCACCAAACUAAAAAGGUGCAGCCCCAUGGUGGGAAGAGUAGGACUUUUCGAGUCGUUGGGAUUCAGCAACAACACCAACAAUCGGGUCUUGCAAGGUCAAGAAAUAUUAUCAACAUCUCCUUUUUCGCCUUUACCAUCUGUACCCGCUUCAUUAUUCCACCAAGGAAGUGGAAAUACUCGUGUUUUACCUUCCAUUAUUUACAAUCCUUCCAGAUUUGAACCUGACCUACCUGUCCAUCCCCAUCGCCCUUGUAGAUUGUUUGGUUUUCCCCUAACCCAGGCUGCCCCAAACAAUAUUACCAGACCCACUUCUCAAGUUGUUUUCCCUUUUGUGAUCCAAAAGAACAACUCUUUGGCCAUGACUAAACUAGCUAGUGAUAUUCCACUUGAUAUUAAUGUGUUGCAAUAUUGAAUGUCUAAACUUUUUCAUUUUAUUUUAUUAUUAAACAAUGUUGUUAACUUAAUUUGCUAU